AUGUUAAAAUUCACGUCAAGAAGAUUUUUAUUUAAAUUACUACUGCUAUCUACUAUAACGUAUACUAUCUAUUUAUCAAUAUGUUUAAUUUUACAAAAACCAACUAUUAAACAAUAUAAUCAACAACUUAAUUUAGUCAUAAAUCAUAAAUUUAACCAAUGGUAUUAUAAUAUCCUAUCUUCAAAAUAUGAUCUAGAUUUAGAUUCCAAAUUUAAUAAGAAACUAGAAGAAGUGAAAAGAGAAAAACUAUCUCAUGAUGAAUAUAAUGAUUUUUGGGAUUUACGAGAAGAUUUAAAAUAUCCAAUGGAUGUAAAUUACCCAGGGCAUAAUUCAUUUAUCAAACCAAUUAUUCAACCAUUUGAUCCUAGAUUGACAUUAUCUGUAUAUUACAACUACAUUACUGAAAACUAUCAUCCUGAUCUUAAAUUACCUUUUCAUUGGUCUGACUGGACUGAUAUGUCAAUAUUAAAUAAGUUCAUACUAAAUCCCGACAAAGAGAAUUUAUGUUCCACCAUGUUCAAUCUCACCCAACCUGAAGUCAUAAAGGAUUCAAUGAUUAAACCUGUUCAAUUAUAUUGUAAAUAUGAACCUGACAGUUUAUUAGCAUAUACUAUCUUUGACAUUUCCGGACAACAAACAAUACAAAAUAGAGAAAUAUUGGGUAAAUCAUAUUUAUUUAGAACUGCUUCAUCUCCAAGAAAGAUUGUAAUGUUGACUAAUUCAAAGUCAUACCAAUUUGAAGUUGAAACUGAAGAGAAUAAUCUAUAUAAUUCAAUAAUUAAUAAUGGAAUGAUUAAAAAUUCAAAAUAUAACGUCUUGGAAAGUUUCAAAUCACUCACAAAAACUAUCCCACCAAAUUCAAUCAAAUCAGAAAUGCUAACUGAUCAUAUAAUAAACAUUCCGGAAGAGUCAUUUUCAAGUAAUCAUACCAACAUCAUAAAUCAAAUAAAAUCAUCAACAAUUUCAACAACAGACCAACAUUUUAUAGAAUCAAUUGAAUAUAGUAGUUCUAUUGAAUCACCACCAAAAUACUUUGAAGAAGCCAAAUUACUAAGAUCUGUUGGUGAUUCAUGGCAAGGUGAACAUUAUGAUUGGAGAUUUUUCAGUGGUUUAAUUCAUGAUAAAAAUGAACAAAAUAUAAUAUUACAUAGAUUACUUAAAAAUUAUCUAAAUUUCACUAAAUCAAAUGGGAUAAUUACAUGGAUAGCACAUGGUUCUUUAUUAUCAUGGUAUUGGAAUGGUAUUUCAUUUCCAUGGGAUGGUGAUAUUGAUGUCCAAAUGCCAAUACAAGAUUUAUAUAAACUAUCUAGAUCAUUCAACCAGAGUUUAAUAAUAGAGAGUGUAUCUGAUCUAACUGGUGGUUUUGAUGGUAUGGGCAGAUAUUUUCUUGAUGUUGGAUCUUCAAUUACUCAUAGAAUUAAAGGAAAUGGAAAUAAUGCUAUUGAUGCAAGGUUUAUUGAUGUCGAUACUGGUUUAUAUAUAGAUAUAACUGGAUUAGCAUUGAGUUCAGAACCUGCUAAUUCAAGAUAUGAUCCAGAAUAUGAAUUAAUUACAGGAAAAUCAAUGACUCAACAUAUGAAAUCCGAAAUUAAUCACUAUGUAAAGAACCAAGCUUUGAAAGUUUAUAAUUGUCGUAAUGGGCAUUUUUCAAGUUAUAAUGAAUUAUCACCAUUAGUAUCAACAGUGAUUGAGAACCAUUUAGGUUAUAUCCCAUCAAAGUUUAUAAACAUACUCAAUUCAGAAUAUAAGUUAGGUGCAUUAACAAAGAAGAAUCAUCGAGAUUUUACAUUUUUUAACAAUUUUAGAAUUUGGUAUAAUACUGAGAUUGUCCUUGAUUAUCUAAGACAAAAUGAAAAUUGGCAAAAACACAAAAAUGGGAAAAUAGUCAAGAAUACAUCACUAAGAAUUCCAUCUCAAUUGGAAUUAUUAAAUUUGAAUAAAUUAACAAUGGAUGAUCAUUUGAAUUUAAUUGAAUCAAAUGGAUUAUUUUACGAAUUUGAAAAAACUAAAUCAUUUACGAAAUAUCAUCAAUUAGAAUUAGAAAUGUUUUUGAAAAAUAAAUACCAAGAUACGGAGAAAUUAAUUAGGGGUUAUGAUGAGUUGGGUAAGAGUUUAAGAGGUGAUUAUUUCAUGAAUCAGAUAUUUAAAGAUGGUGAGAACUCCGAAUUGAUCAAUUAUGAAGUUAGAUAUAAUAAAUUAAUUGAAUUGAUGAAUGAGUACAAGAGUGAGAAUAAUAAUGAUGAUUAA